AUGGCUUUCCCCGGGACUGCGGCGAGGAAGCUCCUACCAGGCGGCUUCACCGCAGCGCGAACCACCGUCGCCGGCGGGGCUCUCAGCUUCGACCUCGACGGCGGCGCCGGCGACUACUUCUCGGGCCUGUGGCAGCUCGUCAAGGCGAAGGCCGCCGAGGUCGUGGCCUACAUCGCCGCCCUCUUCGCGGCGCUGGCGGAGAAGGCGGACGAGGUCUUCCCAACGGAGACCCGCUCGGAGACGCUCCGGCAGUGGCUGCACGUGCUCGUCACCGUGGUGGUCCCGGCCGUGCUGUGCUUCCUCGUGCUCCGCUGCUGCUGGCGCUGCUGCUGCGCCGGCCGCGGGGCGCGCGGUGGACGCCGCUCUAUGGCUGCGCCGGGCCGCGGCGGCGCGCGCAUGCCGCGGGGCGUGUUCGAGAACAACCCCCGGGGUUACUUCCGCGACCUCCGCGACGGGAAUCCCCUCGUGUACUAG